UCAUAACAAUCAGCCAUGAAAAUGCAAAACAAGUAUGGUUCUCAUCAUAACAAGGGGUGCUUGGAAACGUUAAAUAGUUGAUAGCUGAUUAAGUGACUUAUUUGAUCACUGAAUUUUAUCAAUUGGUUUGACAGUUAACUAAUCAAUUUAUGUCAACAUAAGCUAAAAUUGUCCGAUAAAUAAUUUUACCAAUUUUGCUUUGAUUAAUUGUAUCUUCAGCUCAAGAUAAAUUGUGUUAUUACAAGAAUACCUUCAUUAACUCCAUCUUCCUCCGCAAAUCUACACUUCCAGUCUUCUUCUACCUCUAUUCAUCUUUCUCCGUAUAUUCCUCCAUUGUUAAUUCAAUGCAAAAUUGAAGUAUCUUUUAAAUCGAAUAUUUUUACUCAAAAUAAGUAUUCCCAUUUCUCGUCAAUUUCUCAAUUGCGGCGCUUUCAUGCAAAUCCCAUGUUACCUUCAUUUCGCUCUCAAUUUCAUUUGGGUAGAAGCUUCAUCAACAUCAUGGAAAAUUUUAUUUAAACUUCAGUAAUGAUUCGACAUUUAGAUGUUUGUUUCAUUUAAGUCUAUCGUAAAUCUGCUGUUGACCUAAUUAUUUUGAUUCACGCCCACCAACUGUUCGAUGAAUUGCCUAAGAAACCAUUAUGAUAAAAAAACUAGACGUCUGAAAUACUUUGGUUUUUCUCUAUACAACACUUUGGAAACUCCUCCUCUUAAUCCAUUAAUCCUACCUGGGUUUGAAGAGUUAUGCAGCUUUGUUUGUACUCCAAUUGGUGGUCUAGAUGACUUGGAAUCAAGCCUUAGAAAAUGUGAAGUUCAAUUGACCCCUUCUCUGGUUCUGCAAGUGAUAAAUCAUUGCAAAAAUGAAGCACCCACAAGACGAUUGCUUCGGUUUUUCACAUGGUCUUGCAAGAGUUUGGGUUCGGCUUUAGAGGACAAGGAUUAUAACCAUGUUGUUCGAGUUUUAGCUGAGAAGAAGGAUCAUAGAGCAGUAGACAUUUUGCUGAAAAAUCUCCGUAAUGAUCAGAGAGCUUUGGAAGCCCAUACUUUCAGUACAGUGGCUGAAAUCUUUGUUAAGUUAGGGAGAGAAGAUGAUGCAUUGGGAAUUUUCAAGAACUUGAAUCUGUUCAAGUGCUCACAGGACAAAACUACUGUCACUGCUAUUGUCAAUGCACUCUGUGCUAAAGGGCACGCGAAAAGGGCAGAAGGGGUUGUAUAUCAUCACACGGAUAAGAUAUCUGGUGUCGAAUUUUGUGUUUAUAGGAGCAUCUUAUAUGGAUGGUCUAAGCAGGGAAAUGUAAAGGAAACUCGAAGAAUACUCCAAGAGAUGAAAUCGAAGAAAUUUAGCCUCGAUCUUUAUUGCUUCAACACGUACCUAAGGUGUCUCUGUGAGCAUAAUCUAAAACAUAACCCAUCUGGGCUUGUACCAGAAGCUCUAAAUGUAAUUAUGGAGAUGAGAACAUACAAGAUCAUACCAAAUUCAAUAAGUUUCAACAUCUUGCUAUCUUGUUUAGGUAGAGUUAGAAGAGUGAAAGAAUCACUCAAAACCUUUGAAUUGAUGAGAAAAUGGGGUUGUGUUCCUGAUUGGAUUAGCUACUAUCUUGCUAUUCGAGUGUUAUACUUGACAGGAAGAUUCGGUAAAGGUAAUCGGAUGGUGGAUAUGAUGGUAGAAGAAGGGGUAGUGCCGCCAAUGAAGUUUUACUAUGAUCUUAUUGGUGUUCUUUGUGGAGUUGACAGAGUGAAUUAUGCUUUGGAGUUGCUUGAUUGUAUGAAGAUAAACUCAGUGGGUGAUUAUGGUCCAGUGUAUGAUGUUUUGAUACCAAAGCUUUGUAGGGGAGGUGAUUUUGAAAGAGGGAAAGAGCUUUGGGAUGAAGCAGAGAAAUUGGGUAUUACCCUUCAUUGUUCAAGAGAUGUGUUAGAUCCCUCUAUGUUUGAGGUGUUUCCUCCAAAAGCCAAAAUGGAAGAGAAUGAUCUGAAACUAAAGGACCCAAAAAUUUUAGUUGCUCGAACUAAAAAGGGAGAAACUCCGAGCACUAGUGAAGCUACAACUUAAGAGAAAGGUGGGCCAAAAGAUCAGACUAUAAUUAUUCUCUAGAUACCGCAAGAAAAGCUUGAGAUUUUUAUGAUCCCAUGUUUUAACUUGUUCUUAAAAUGUAAAGUCAAGCUAUUUUCUACUCUACAAAUCAAGAUUAUUUCAUUAUUUGGAUUUGGUCAUUAGUUAUUUAUAGGCAAUCCUUGUUUAAGAAUAUAGAAUUAGAAUACAUAUUAAGGAAUAAAGGAUU